AUGUUCAUUCUCCGGAACAUUUCCGUCACCAGUAUCUUGCUCAGUUCUCACAUUCUCUGCGAGGGGAUAACUCCAGCGGUGCCUUCUGCUACCUCGAUCUCUCCGUCAGCUAGCUAUAGCACGCCGAGGAUAACCACCACCUUCACGCAGCCAUCUCAAUGCACUAACGCCGGCUUCACUUCAAUUGAGGGAGAAUAUGAAACUGAGAUCUAUGAGCACCUCAUAGUCGUUAUCCAUCCGGGUAUUGAUCUGAAAUACACCACUUGCCUGCCACCGCAGCUCUACUCCAGCGUUCUCGCUGGAUUCGAUUCAACUUACCUCGGUCCUUUUGAAGCCCUGGUUUGCCCACAUAACUGGGAAAUCUUUAGAGAAAGACGCAACUCAAGUUACAUCAUGUGCUGCCCCAGAGGAUAUAAUUUAGGUCAUUCUAAUCUCGGUACACCUGAUCGUCCUGGCCGUGGCGCUGUUUGCUCUUCCUGGCUGGAGGGUGGUGCAGUAUUCGACGUUACGACACUUGGUUCUGAUCUGAAAGCAACUGUUAACCUAGCUACAGCAGGCCCUGACGGCACUACGGUUCUUGCGAGGUAUGCUUUUAAUGGUCAUACAUUCAAUGGUUCCGACUCUUCCUCGGCGACCAUAACGACACCCGCUUCCGGCACUGCUACCUCCUCGCUGUUAGUACCGAUUACUACGACAUCAUCUUUCAUUAGCACCUUGCUGUCGCCAUCUCAACCCACUGCUACGUCGUUGACAACAAGAACCAUUUUUUCAGGUUGCCUGAAAGUAUUCAAUGUCUUCUUGUUCAUCCUUUCUUUUGUCUCCAUUUAG